AUGCCUCGCCCACGAGAAGCCGGUCGGUGCUCAAGUGCAGCCCCUUCUGAAACCUCGGGGUCAACUUCGCCAGAACGUGCCGCCGAUGAUGACACCGAUUUCUUCAUGGCCCAGGCCAAUGAUUCGCAGUCAUCCAUAGGUGUGGCCAAUUUCCGCGAUUCCCAUCCUUCAAAUGUACGCUCCAUGCCACUAUCGCCGAUCGGCCGCCUCCCACCCGAGAUCCUAAUUGCAAUCUUCUCGAAACUGGCUGCGCCCUCCGACAUGCUCAAUUCUAUGCUGGUUUGUCGUGCAUGGGCUGCGAACUCUGUGGGAAUACUAUGGCAUCGGCCAACUUGCAACACCUGGAGCAAUGUUGGAAGCGUGACUACGUCAUUAGGAAAGCCAGACAGUCUUUUCAACUAUGCAGACCUUAUCAAGAGACUAAAUCUGUCUGCCCUUUCGGACGAAGUCAGCGAUGGCACUAUUUUGUCUUUCAACCAGUGCAAGCGAAUCGAGCGGUUGACAUUAACUGGCUGCAAGAACCUGACAGAUAAGGGUGUGUCGGACCUGGUGGAAGGGAACCGGCAUUUGCAGGCGUUGGAUGUUUCAGAAUUGCGACACCUCACAGAUCAUACCCUUGCGACGGUGUCUAGAGACUGUCCUCGUUUACAAGGUCUGAAUAUCACAGGGUGUUCAAAAGUCACCGACGAGGCUUUGCUCGUGGUAGCACAACAGUGCCGCCAAAUCAAGAGAUUGAAACUUAAUGGAGUUCUCAAUGUCUCAGACAGGUCGAUUCACUCUUUUGCAGCGAACUGCCCAUCUAUCCUGGAGAUCGAUUUGCACGACUGUAAACUUAUCACCAGCAACUUUCAUCUUGCUUCCCCCCAUAUGACCUUUGACAGCCUUCGCAUCCUCGAUCUUACGGCAUGUGAGAAUGUCAGGGAUGAUUCAGUAGAAAAAAUCGUGCAUGCAGCUCCUCGCCUGCGCAAUCUGGUAUUGGCUAAAUGCCGAUUUAUCACAGACCGAUCUGUGAUGGCCAUUUGCAAACUCGGAAAGAACCUCCACUAUGUUCACCUAGGCCACUGUUCCAACAUCUCAGAUUCGGCUGUGAUGAGCUUGGUCAAGUCCUGUAACCGUAUACGGUAUAUUGACCUGGCCUGCUGCAACCUAUUGACGGACCGUAGUGUCCAACAAUUGGCAACCCUGCCUAAGCUGCGAAGAAUUGGAUUAGUCAAAUGCCAGGCCAUCACCGAUCGCAGUAUACUGGCCUUGGCACGGCCCAAGAUGAGCCAUCACCCUUCGGUUAGCAGUUUAGAGCGAGUCCACCUGAGCUAUUGCGUUCAGCUGAGAAAGGAGGGUAUACACGCUUUGCUGAACAACUGCCCACGCCUGACACAUUUGAGUUUGACUGGUGUCCAACCAUUCCUCGACGAGACUCUCACUGCAUUUUGUCGAGAAGCCCCUCCCGAGUUCACGCAACAACAGCGGGAUGUUUUCUGUGUGUUCAGCGGUGAUGGUGUCAAUCGACUUCGGGACCAUUUGAACCGAAGCGAACCCACGUUCCCAGGCGGCGAAGCCACGAUGUACGAUGACGACGAAGAACUGGAUGAAGAUGAGGGCCAGAUGACUGGGCUGAUGAAUGCAACGGUCAUCAAUGACGGAGAUGAUGAUUAUAUCGACAUUGGGCCUUUGAAUACUUGA